AUGUGGAAUCCUAAUAAAUUGGAUUUCAAGUUGAUAUCCAUGACUAAUCAAGUUAUACAUGGAGCAGUGAAAAGUUCAAAUAUUCCUGUUGAAUUCUAUUUUUCUGCUAUCUACGGGCAACAUACAAUGGAAGAUAGAAGAAGUUUAUGGUUGCAUCUGAGAGAUAUCGCUAAUGGAAUCCAGGGUCCUUGGCUGGUCAUGGGUGAUUUUAAUACAAUCCUGAGACCUGAAGAUAGAGUCAAUGGUAAUGUAGUGACGGAUGCAGAAGCCAGAGACUUUAAUGACUUUAUUGUUGACACUGGAAUGGGUGAAUUAAAAACAGUUGGUAGGAAUUUCACGUGGACAAAUAGUCACAUCUUCAGUAGAAUUGAUUGGGCAAUUGGGAAUGCAGAAUGGAUGAUCCAUAUGGAUCACAUAGAGGCAAAAGUAGAAACAGGUUGGAAGAAACCAGUUAUGGGAAAUUCUAUGAAAAGAGUGUGGUUGAAAUUGAAAAAUAUCAAGAAUGAAAUGAAGACACUUAACAAUAAAGAAUUUUUAAGUGUGGAAAACAGGAUAAAGGACACCAAAAGAGCUCUAGCAGAGCUACAAGAGCAGAUGAGAGACUACAAACAUGAUGCAACUUUAUUUGACACAGAAAGAAAUUUGAAGAAAGAACUAGAGAAAUGGUCAAAGGUCGAAAAAAGCAUAUAUAGGCAGAAAUCAAGAAUACAAUGGUUACAACUAGGGGAUGUAAAUACAAUUUUUUUCUAUGCUAGCAUUAAAAACAGGACUGCUCGCAAUCAAAUCAAGAAGCUGAAGAACUAUGUUGGAGAUUGGAUGCAAACUAAAGCUGAGGUAAAAGAGGAAAUCCUUGGUUUCUAUAAAAAAUUGCUUGGGACUGCUACCUUACAAAUGCCUGCAAUCAAGCCAUACAUAUGCAAAAGAGGCCAUGUACUAAACAGAAGUCAACAACUAGCUUUAAUUGUGUCAGUGACACAAAAAGAAAUGUAUAAUGCACUUCAGAGUAUAGAUGAUGUGAAAGCCUAG